UGACAGGCUAUUGGUCGGAGCUCCCAGGGAGAGGGCGGAGCCUAAUGUUCCAGCCAAUCGAACAGGGGGAGUGUACAGCUGCCCGAUCACCGCUGACCAAUCAGACUGCAGCAGGAUGAAGCUCAUAGACCCAGAAAUGACUGGACCAGCUCUCUAGAUGUUGUUGUUCGAAAGCAGAACUGUAAGUAAAGCAGUCAGUAAAGCUGAUUGUUGUAAACCAGAAGAGAAGAAGUUAUCAGGUAAAGUCCUGACUUCCUGUCCUGAAGGGCUGCAGAACACCGAGCCUCAGUCUUUAUCAGACAUUUCAGCAACCGGAAAGAGUGAACGCUCCAAUUAAAUCCAUACAGUUAAUUAAUAAUUAAUAGAUUGAAGGCUAAAAUAAAGAAAAGGCUUUGAUGAAUAUGAUUGACUUGUAAUGGUUGACGUUUCAGCCAAUCACAGAGAAGGACUCAGGUUUUGUACAAAGCCUGAGAGUCAGAACUCAGGCUUCUCUGCUCCUGUCUGUUUUGUGUUUGUCUCCUCUCUCAGACCUGUUAUCUCUCUCCUGAUGCAUUAUGGGUAGUCCAACCCUCACUCAGAGCUGUUAUCUCUCUCCUGAUGCAUUAUGGGUAGUCCAACCCUCACUCAGAGCUGUUAUCUCUCUCCUGAUGCAUUAUGGGUAGUCCAUCCCUCAGUGAGAAGUGACAGCUGCGGUCUGUUUCUGUUUCCUCUGAGAGCUUUUAUCUGCCUCCCAAACACAAGACACACAUUCAGACAUGAUAAAGCUUUGUCCUGAGUGGGCUGUAAUUGGUGGUAACCACGGCAACGGCCAAUCAAAGGACUUAAUUUUGCUGUACAAACAUCAUAAAACUCUGCAGCUGCAGCAGAGGAACAGCCUGCUGCGUGUCACUCACCUGUCCCGUCCUGUUUCAGACCUGAACCUGUCUGAGGACCUCAUUGAGGACAUGUGGUUGGGCGUCUCAGUAGCCAGUCAGGGCCGACCUGGGGGGAGGGUCCUGGCGUGUGGUCAUCGCUUCGUUAAACUCUAUGGAGCGUUCAAUCUCAGACACAUGAUUGGCCGGUGUUAUCUCCGUGGAAACGACCUGCAGUACAACGACACAGACAUGCACUGGCAGAACCCCGACCAGCCCUGCAGUCACCUGGGUGAUGUCAGCAGUGAGGUCAUGUGUAACAUGGGGAUUUCUGCCUCCAUCACUCAGACAGAAAUCAUUGUCGGCUCACCUGGAAGCUACGAAUGGCAAGGAAACGUCCAUGUCUCCUGGAUGAAUCCAGAUGUUGACUUCGACACCCAGAGGAGCUCCUUCCCCAACCUGCAGCACAGAAACAUUUAUAUAGGAUAUUCGGUCACUCAGGCUCGACGUCUUCUUUCUCGGGAUGAUGAAACCAUAGUAACAGGAGCUCCUAAGGACAGUAAAGAAGAUGCUCGUGGCUCCGUGCUGUUGGCGGUGAAACAGUUUGAUAAACUGAUGACUCAGCAGACUCUGCGCGGUGAACAGAUGGGCUCCUACUUCGGUAACGCCGUGGCAACCACCGACCUCAACAACGACGGGUGGAACGACCUGCUGGUGGGCGCUCCUUUUUAUUUCCAUCGCCAGCAGGAAGCGGGCGGGGCAGUUUAUGUUUACAUGAAUGCAGGAGGUCGGUUUGAUUCUCGGCCCAGUGUGGUGCUGAGAGGACCGGCUGGAUCGGCGUUCGGCAUGUCUGUCACUGCCGCCGGAGACCUGAACCAAGAUGGCUUCCAGGACUUUGCAGUCGGAGCUCCUUUCCAUGAAACAGGAAGUGUGAUGAUCUGGACCGGCAGCAGCGAGGGGGUCUCUACAGAACCGAGCCAGGUGAUCCGGGGCAGCACGGUCUCUUCUGGGUUCAGGACUUUCGGGUACUCUAUGUCUGGAGGUGUGGAUGUUGAUGGGAACAAAUAUCCAGACCUGCUGGUCGGCUCUCUGGACGACACCGUCGCUCUGCUCAGAACUCGUCCAGUCGUUCACCUCAAUAAAACCCUCAGAGUUUCUCCGGACGUCGUCGACCCGAACAGCUGUGACUUAUGUAUUCAGGUGGAGGUGUGUUUCUCCUACAUCUUCAGCACCGGAGAGAAGCACGACAGAGACAACAUCACUGUCCACUUCACUGUGACCGCUGACGUCACCAGCCCCGAGCCCCGCCUCCAUUUCCGUGACAACGGGCAGAGCGUGUACUCUGGUUACCUGUCGAUGCCGAAAAAACAAUGUGAAACCCUGAGAGUCAGACUGCUGAGUCCAAUCCGGUACAAAGUGGAACCUUUGGUAUUCUCACUGAACGUCUCUCUGUACGAGAAGCUUCUUAAGAAAAGAAAUGACGUACAGGACCUGAAACGCUUUCCUGUGCUGAGCCAGACACCCCGACCUAUCAAGACCCAGAUCCACAUCCAGAAGGCCUGUGGUUCUGAUAACCGUUGCCAUAGUAACCUGCAGAUGGCCGCCCAGUUCACAGAUGAGAACCAGAAACCCUUCCCCAUGCAGAAGGACAGUCAGGUGUUGUACUACAACGGCAGCAUUAACCGAUUGUUUCUGGAGGUUAAUGUCAGCAACACACCGUCACCGGGCCGACCAGCAGAGGAUGCUCACAAUGCUGCUUUGAACAUUAGCAUCCCACCGUUGCUCAUAUACUCCGGAGUCCGAACGAAGGGUGACAUCCAGGCAAUGGUGCAUUGUUCUGUUGAGGACUCUGUUCUUCUGUGUGAGCUGGGGAACCCAUUCAAAAGGAACCAGAAGGGUCAGGUGUUGAUCAUAUUUCAGCUGGAUGAGAACAGUUUAGACACCAGAGAGAUUCAGUCUCUGCUACAGCUGUCCACCCUCAGUGAGCAGUCAGACCUGUCUCCUGUCUCUGUCUCCAUGUUGAUGGAGUAUUCACUGCAGACAUCUCUCACUCUAAUCAAUCCGCCAGGCCCCACCUCCUUCAGUGGUCAUGUGAUUGGUGAGUCAGCCAUGGAGAAGACAGAGGAUGUCGGCAGUCUGCUGCUCUUCACUUUGCAGGUGCACAACAACGGGAAGCCACUGGGUCGCCUAGGCAACCUGCAGGUGGAGUUUGAUUGGCCGAUGGAGGUGUCCAAUGGGAAGUGGCUGCUGUACCUUGCAGAGAUUGAAGUGAACGGCACAUCAGAACCUCGCUGUGCUCCGCCCGGCAACCUCAUCAACCCCCUCGACCUCAUGCUGUCAAAGGAGGAGACGAAGAAGAAGAGGAGUCUGGAGGAGGAGGUGAAGGGGAACGAGGAGGAGCAGAUAGAAAAAAUUCUACCCGUCUUCCACCUGCAGGGACAGAAAAAGAAGUCCUACACUCUGGACUGUGCGCAUGGGGCUAACUGUGUGACGUUCAUCUGUCCGCUGGUCAACAUGAGAAACUCAGCGACUCUGACUGUCAGAGCCAGAUUGUGGAACUCCACCAUGAUCGAGGACUACAGCGAUGCGAGGAGUGUGUUGGUUCGAGUCCAGGCGACUCUGAAGCUGCAGACUAACAAACCGACCAUCAACAUGGAGUCUCACAGCACAGAGAUUGAGGUCCAUAUUUAUCCAGAGCCGGGGCAGCAGGUGGACGCCAGCACCCCCCUGUGGAUCAUCCUGGUGUCUGUCCUGGCUGGAGUCUUACUGCUGGCUCUGAUCUGCCUGCUGCUCUGGAAGUGUGGUUUCUUUGUGCGUCGGAGGGCGUGGCGGGCUGCGGCGUUCCACCAGGGGAGGAUUAUGGGUAAAGACAAGCAGCAGCAGCAUACGGACGCUGACGGUUUCCUGAUCCAAAACGACGUCUCCUCGUCCAGAAACAGGAAGUCACCCAAACACUGGGUCACCUCCUGGACUGAGACACACUGAGAAACCGACGGUAUCCACGGAAACACAUCCUGAACCGGACCAAACCAGACCAGCUGGACCGAACCAGACCAACACACUGCCCUUUAAAACCUGCUGGACUGUGUGUGUCUUAACCUGUUUAAACUCAGUUCAGUUUUUAUUGAAAUACGGAGAUACAAGGUUUACAGCUGACAGCAGAGUUUAUUCUGAUUUAAAUAUUUCUCUUUGUAAACAACAGAAGGUGAUUUAUGUAUAUACGGAACAUUUUGUUUAUUAUUUAUCUGUAUUUGGAAUGUUUAGUUUUUAAUGUGUUUUUAUAUGUGAACAGCAUUUCCCAGCAUCCUCCUGGCCUCUGAGUAAGAUGAGAUAUAAAGAAAUGAACAAAUCAAACAGGAGGUUGUUCCUGUAAUAACGUCCUGCGUGUUUCCUGAUGCAGGACAGUCCAGACUCCAUUUUGUCUGGUAGAAAUGUGUUAUUGUUAUUUUGCGACAUCAGGAGUCAAUGUUUUAUUCAGAGCGAAUUAUUCAACCAACUGUCUUCAUAUUAACAUGUUUUGUCAGUUUUGACCGUCACUGUUGGAAAGUUUGGUGACCAACAGAUUUAACGUCGACUGUGGAUACGAACUGACCGCUCAAAAUGAAGUGAAAUCAUCGGCGGGAUGAAAAUCAAUCUCUUUCAGGUGCUGAAGGAUCCUGUAACAAAAAUACUUUGCUUUACGGCUCUUCUAUAAAACUUUGUUUCCUUGUACGGCCUCUUUUUGUACGUGUUUAUAUAAUUGUGAUAUUUCUGACGGCAUUUGAAAGCAGCAUCUGUUUGUGUGUAAAACCUUCAGUCUUGAUUGUGUGGAUGUGGUUUGUAAUCACUGUGGUGACCUGUUUGUGUACGUUGAUGAUAUUAAAGUAUUUUUUGAUAGUUUA